UUUUUUUCUUCAUCUUAACAACUUUUAGCAAUGCCUACUGUUAAUAUCGAUAAGUUAGCUCUUUUUGAAGCUCUUGGAAAAAAUUAUACUACUGAAGAAUUCUUUGAGCUUUGUUUUCAUUUCGGUAUUGAACUCGAAGAAGAUACUUCUGAGAAAGAAAUUGCUGAAAGGGAAGGUGCUAAAGAUGUUGAGGCAUUGUCUGAAAGACCUCUUUUGAAAAUUGACAUUCCCGCUAAUAGAUACGAUUUAUUGUGUCAAGAAGGUCUUGCUCGUGCUCUUCGUGUUUUCGAAGGCAAAGCUAAACCUCCUGUUUAUAAAGUUGUUAAGCCUGCAGACGGCAAAAUUCAACAAAUUCGUGUCUUAGAAUCUACUCAAACAAUUCGUCCUUAUAUUGUCGGUGCAGUUUUGCGUAAUAUCACUUUUACACCUGAAAAUUAUGCUUCUUUCAUUGAUCUUCAAGAUAAACUCCACAAUAACAUUUGUCGUAAGAGAACUCUUGCUUCUAUGGGUACACAUGACUUGGAUACCAUUCAAGGUCCCUUUACAUAUGAAGCUUUACCUCACAAGGAAAUUAAAUUUGUUCCCUUAAACAAAGAUGUUGAAGUGGAUGGUGAUGAAUUAAUGGAACUUUAUGCUGAAGAUAAGCAUCUUGGUAAAUACCUUCAUAUCAUUCGUGAUUCUCCUGUUUAUCCUGUCGUCUUUGAUUCAAACCGUGUUGUUUGUUCUCUUCCUCCUAUCAUCAACUCAGACCACUCAAAGAUUACUCUCAACACUAAGAAUGUCUUGAUUGAAAUAACCGCUACAGAUGAACACAAAGCUAGCACCGCUUUAAAUACUUUGGUCACUAUGUUUUCUGAAUAUUGUGCUGAGCCUUUCACUGUUGAACCUGUCGAGAUUAUUUAUCCUAAUAAUACAGUCAAGGUUUAUCCUGAAUUAGAACCUCGUAAGGCAAGUGCUAAGAUUGAUUACAUCAAUUCUUGUACUGGUCUCGAACUUUCUGGUGAAGAAAUGUGUCAUCUUUUGAAUAAGAUGUCUUUGGAUGCUAAGGUCAGUGCUGAGGAUAACAAUGAAAUCAUCGUCAAUGUCCCACCCACUCGUUGGGAUAUUUUGCACGCAUGUGAUAUUAUGGAAGAUGUUGCUAUUUCAUAUGGAUAUGAUAACUUGCCCAAGAAGAUGCCAAAUGUAAAUACUUUUGGCUCUGCUUUGCCUGUGAACAAAUUGAGUGAUCAUGUUCGUAGAGAGAUGGCUAUGGCUGGAUUUACUGAAGUUGCUCCCUUAAUUUUGUGCUCUCAUGAUGAAAACUUCAAGUUCCUUAACCGUGCUGAUGAUAGUAGAACAGCCAUUAAACUUGCUAACCCUAAGACGGCUGAAUAUCAAGUUGUUCGUACCUCUCUUUUACCUGGUCUCUUGAAGACUUUGAAUUCCAAUAAAAAAUUGGCUUUACCUAUCAAGAUCUUUGAAGUAUCUGAUGUUGGCUAUAAGGAUGAAAGUCGUGAUCGUAGAGCUAGAAAUGAAAGACAUCUUUGUGCUACUUACACUUCAAAAACAUCUGGUUUCGAAGCUAUUCAUGGUCUUUUAGAUCGUAUCAUGACCAUUCUCAGUACACCUAGAAUUCAUAAGGCUGAUAAGGAUAAGUUGGGUUAUUGGAUUGAAGAGGCUGUCGAUUCUACUUUCUUCCCUGGUCGUUCUGCUUUUGUUUUCUUAAGAUAUAUUUGUCCUGAAACAGGUGCUCGCAAGGCUAUGAGAAUUGGUUCAUUUGGUAUCCUUCAUCCUAUUGUUCUCGAAAGCUUUGAUUUGACUAAUCCUACCACUGCUAUUGAAAUGAACUUGGAACCUUUCAUUUAAAUCACUUAAUUUAUAUAUAUAUAAAAAAAUAUAUAUGUAUAUGUAUAUGAUGCACAAAAUAUAUAGAUAUGUUAUCUAACACUAUAUAGAUCUAUUUGGUUAACAACAACAACAGCAAAAAAAAAAAAGACAUACAAACAUAUAUAUAUGUAUUUAUAUAUAUAUAUACAUUGUAAAUAUAAAACACAGAAAAGGAAAAAAC